AAAUUGCCCAAAUGCUGCAACCUCUUCACAUUUUCGUUCGCACCAGAAAGCCGCGCAAAAUUUUGAGCAGCAAACACUCGCUCUCUCUCACUAAAAUUUUCAAAUCUCUGUUCUCUCUCGUCAUUCUAAACUCGAUAAACUGAAAAUGCAAGCGUUCAAACCGGAAGAGCAGCUGCAGCUAGUGGAACGAGAAGAGAUUGACGAUGAAGACGACUUGUUCGAAGCUAUUGAUAAAUUAACUAAUCAUGGAAUUAAUGCGGGGGAUGUGAAGAAGCUUCAAGAUGCGGGCAUCUAUACCUGUAAUGGAUUGAUGAUGCACACCAAAAAGAACUUGACAGGAAUCAAAGGUCUUUCUGAGGCAAAGGUUGAUAAGAUAUGUGAAGCUGCAGAAAAGAUAGUGAACUUUGGUUACAUUACUGGGAGUGAUGCUUUGCUUAAAAGAAAGUCAAUAGUUCGUGUUACUACUGGAAGUCAGGCUCUGGAUGAACUUUUAGGAGGAGGGAUAGAAACUUCUGCUAUUACUGAAGCAUUUGGGGAAUUCAGAUCUGGGAAGACACAACUUGCUCAUACACUGUGCGUCUCUACUCAGCUCCCUACUAGCAUGAAAGGAGGAAAUGGAAAGGUUGCUUAUAUCGACACAGAGGGAACUUUCCGGCCUGAUCGUAUUUUGCCAAUUGCUGAAAGAUUUGGAAUGGAUCCUGGAGCUGUUCUUGACAACAUCAUAUAUGCCCGUGCAUAUACAUACGAGCAUCAGUAUAACUUACUCCUUGGCCUGGCAGCAAAGAUGGCUGAAGAGCCUUUUAGACUUCUGAUAGUUGACUCCGUGAUCGCAUUGUUCCGAGUGGAUUUCACAGGAAGAGGUGAACUUGCAGAUCGCCAGCAAAAGUUGGCCCAGAUGCUCUCCAGAUUGAUAAAAAUUGCUGAGGAAUUUAAUGUUGCUGUUUACAUGACCAACCAAGUGAUUGCUGAUCCAGGAGGAGGUGUGUUCAUAUCAGACCCAAAGAAGCCUGCAGGAGGUCACGUGCUUGCACAUGCUGCAACCAUUAGGCUAAUGUUCAGGAAGGGUAAAGGAGAACAACGUGUUUGCAAGGUGUUUGAUGCCCCUAAUCUUCCAGAGAGCGAAGCUGUUUUUCAGAUAACAGCAGGUGGAAUUGCAGAUGUGAAGGACUGAUAACAAUACUUGCAACAACUGAGACGGAUGACCAUACCACAUAAUUAUAUAUCUUUAUCUAAUCCCUAUUAUUUCCUUGCUUUGUUUUAUGUUUAAUCCUCCCCCAGUCAUGUACUACCCACAGCUUUAGUAGCAUAAUGCUUAACGACUAAACAAUCUCUCUCUAGUAUUGGGGAGGGGAUCCUGUAGAAUUCUUAUUAAAGGAAAGGAA